AUGUCUACCAGUGACAAUAAGCCGAGCAUUACCAUCUUUCGCGGCUGGAAAGACUUUGGCAAACAUGUCUGGUCGCCUUUUGUCAUCAAGCUCGAGGCGCGCAUGCGCUUUGCCGGCAUCAAAUACGCCGUCGAUGUGGGUUCGCCCAAGACGGGCCCCAAGGGCAAGAUUCCCUAUGUCGAGUGCAAACAAAACAAAAGCCUCGACGGCGGCCCAGCAGCAGACGAUUACGAAGAGGUGCAACAGUUGGCCGACUCGACCCUCAUUAUCAAAACCUUGGUACAAUGGGGCGAGCUGCCCGACCUCAAUGCUGCCCUGUCUAGCACCGAUGGCGCCAAGGACAUGGCAUUGAGGGCACUGCUCGAGGAUAAACUCUACUUUUAUCAUAUGUGGGAGAGAUGGAUUCUGAAUUACUACACUAUGCGCGACCACGCCUUGGGUGCUAUUCCCUAUCCCGUCCGCAUCGUCGUCGGUCUAAUCAUCUACCGCGGCCAGCUGUCGACGCUGCACGGCCAAGGCACUGGACGGUACAGCGGCCAAGAGAUUGCCGCGUUUCGGUACGAGAUAUGGGAGAGCAUCAAUGCGCUGCUGCUCGAGGCCCGCCGGCAGCAGCAGCAGCAGCAGCAGGCCCAAUCUGCGAGUACGGCGUCCACUGUUGGGGCGCAAGCCGAUCAGCAGCUGCCGCCGCCGCCACCAUUCUGGGUUCUGGGUCGGGAUCAGCCCACAGAGGCCGAUGCCACGCUCUUUGCCUUUAUUGUCUCAGUUCUCAUCAGUACCGCCGCGCCCGACUCUCAACGCGUCGUUAGGGCAUUUCCUGUCAUUCUCGACUACGCCCAGCGGAUUCAGGACCAGUAUUUUCCCGAUUACGAGAAAUGGAGUGUAUAA